UUCCAUUUCUUGUUGCGUUCCACCACGGAGAAGCUUCAUCCGUUUCUUGAAAUGUUUAGCUACUCGGCAAAUCUUUUUUCUUUUUGGACCUAAUUUUCUUGGAUCGAUCUAUCUUAGACUCUGAUCUUAAGAAUCCUUGUUUCUUGAGAUACCAAAAAUGCGAUGCGAUGCCACUGUUCUGUUUAUCUUUCUUGCAUUUUGUGUUUUGUUGGAUUCAAUGUUAACAAACUAGCAAGCGAUUGGAAAUACUGGAUUGUAACUAGUGCACUCUCCUGCAAGUGAAACAAGCUUAUGGCUUGGAUAUGCUGAUCAAGUAAUAAAAAAUGCAAAUUAUCAGGAACCGGAUGAUCUUUGUUGUUACUGCUUUUUAGUAUGGGGUAAAAGAUGCAAAUAUUGUUAGGCCUCAGGUCUUUUGACUCUUGAGCUUCAAUUGCUGUUUGAUGCAGAUAUGCUAAUCUGCGGAGAAGGCUAUUAAUAGAUCCCCAUCUUUCCAAGGAUGAAGCAGGUGCCCCUGACUUGAUUGUGGAGAAUCCACUGUCACAGAACCCAGAUUAGACUGUUACAUAAGAUGUUCAAGCGCACUUUGCCAGCACAACUGUUGCAUAAGAUAUUCAAGGGACUUUGUUUUUUGAGGGAAGAUAUUCAAGGGACUUUGCCAGCCUCAUAAUGUUUAAUGCAUUGAGAUUUUGUAAGAGUUAUGCACUAUUCAUGCUAGAGUAAGAGAUGAGUUGCAGUGUGCGGAGAAGACAAUGAGAUGUUAUAUACAGUAUUCUUUUACUUAAAGUGGAGGGGAUGCAGGCAGAAACGUUUCUGUUGCACUUUCAUCUCAACGGAUAAUAGACUAGUUACAACCAACAGAAACACACUAUUAUUUUCCCAUCAGUCAGACAUUUUCUUGAUUCAGCAUUCAAUACUAUAGCAAUACAGCACUUGGGGUCAAUAUUUCAGGAAUGCGGAGCUUGAGAAAAUGCUUAAUCAAGAUCUAUCACGGCUGUAUCCUGAACUGGGGGACUUCUUCCAAACAAGCGCAUGUCAGUCUAUGCUUGGACGUAUAUUGUUAGUAUGGAGCCUUAGAUACCCAGAGUUUGGUUACAGACAAGGAAUGCAUGAACUCUUAGCUCCUCUUCUCUAUGUCCUUCAUGCUGAUGUGCAGCACUUCAAACAAGUCAGGGACCUUCAUGAAGAGCUUCUGGAUGAUGAUUUUGAUGGUCAAACUUUUCCAGAUCGGUCAAAGCUGAACAGAAGUGACAGGAAAAACAAUGUUGAGGGUAGAACAUCUAAAAUUAGAAGUUUGGCCGACCUUGAUCCUGAUACUAGGGAUCUGUUCUUGAUAAAUGAUGCAUACGGAGCAGAGGGCGAGCUGGGCAUUAUUUUAUCAGAAAAAUUUAUGGAGCAUGAUGCGUACUCUAUGUUUGAGAAUUUGAUGAAUGGUGCCCAAGGAGUGGUUGCUAUCACUGACUUCUAUUCUCUCAGUCCUGCACCAGAAUCAAGCACUGGUUCAACACCUGUAAGGGAGGCAUCAUCUGCAAUAUAUCACUUGCUUGCUAGUGUGGAUUCCUCUCUUCAUAGUCACCUUGUGGAAUUGGGGGUGGAACCUCAAUACUUUGCAUUGCGAUGGCUCCGUGUCCUAUUUGGUCGUGAAUUUUCACUUGACAAUCUUCUGUUUAUUUGGGAUGAAAUAUUCUCUUCUCCUAACCAUUCAUAUUCUACCGACAUCAGUACGACUGACUAUCAGUUUAAAGUCUUAAGUUCUCCUCGUGGGGCACUGAUUUUGUCAAUGGCAGUCUCAAUGAUGCUUCAUCUCAGAUCCUCCUUGUUAGGGAGUGAACAUGCCACUUCUUGCCUAGUGAGGUUGUUAAAUUUUCCAGAAGAUAUUGACUUAAAGACAUUAAUUGAGAAAGCCACGAUACUGCAAUCUCUUGCCCUUGAAGCAAAUCUUCCUUCAUCUUCUGUGAGAGGAAAAUCUCUCUUGACUACACCCAACUACUGGGAAGAGACAUGGAAGAUUCUCCAAUCAUCAAUAGACCAAAAGGGUGGUGAUGUCUUCAAGAUGAAGGGAAGGGGCUUCUUGAGAAGAAGCUUGUCUAACACUAACACUGAAUCAAAUGUUUCCAGAAGCAAGGCUGCUAAUUCUGAAAACAACAAUUUUACUUCAACGGCUAGGCAGCCUACUAUUGAUGAACUUCGCAAUACUAAUGUAGUUCCUGCAAAGCUCAUAAAUAGUGUGCCACACAUUCCUAUAGAAGAACAAAAGGAUCAUAUUGGUCAAAGUAUUUCAGAGGCUAUUGGGAGUAAUCCAAAGAAUGCUCAUGAGACAGGCCAGCGUGAUGGUUACUGCUCAACUUCAGGUGAAAUUAAGGAUUCUCUUGGAGCAGCCAGUGGGUAUUUAUCGAGGAGCAGUAGCACCUCUUUGUCAUGUGGUACUGAAUACGAUCGUGAUACCCAUCAUAUGGAAGAACCAUGUGUUCCCUGUGAUGACAAUGUGGUUAAUGAGCCUUAUCCACACUCCGGGUGCAGAGAUAGAACUGAUGAAGCAGCAACCACAAUGAAUCGAACAUCUGGAAUAGUGGAUAGUCAUCCAGUUCAACAGGAAAGACUCUGUUCUGGUGAUGGAAAGUUGAAAAUAAAAUAUGACCAAAAUCCCACUAUGGCUGAAGGUGGCCAAAAGGAAACAUUGGUAAUACGUUCGAUUUCAAAUACGGCUGAUAAAGAGUUAACCAGAACAUUAAGAUAUCUCGGUGAAUCAAUGGUUGAGAACAUUCAGGCUAUCGAGUUGCUAUUUCAACCCAGUUCACUCUCAACUUCGGUGGAAAAACUUGAGAAAUCUAUGUCUAGAAGCACAGAGCAAGCUAAGGCGGUAGCAGCUCUAAAAGAACUAAGGAAGAUCAGUGACCAUCUACGUCAAAUCUAACCAGUACAGCUAUACAUAUUUUUUCUUCUCUAUAUAUACGGUUUUAUAGUUUCUAUACAUAUCUACAUUUGAUAAUGGAUUUGAUGUAACAUGCCAACAGUGUAUAACCAUCUGAUUGAUUGGUAGAUAGUAGUUUGUAAGAUAAAUCCUAAUUGUACAUCUGAACAGCUGUUUGAUGGUUGCGAAGUUAAGGCUGAAUAUAUAUUUUUUUGGCUUGUGACCCAAUAAUAAAUCUGCAAAGUUUAUUCCAAA